GAACCAACUAACUAGUAGGUGAGAUACUAUUAGCACUUAAGUGAGAGACUUACAAGAAUUCACCAAAUGAUCAAAACACGUGGCAAUUAAUUAGCAAAAACCAAAUCUUAAAAACCACAAAAACACGGAUACGAAGAAUCUACUUUCCAUUCUCGAAGGAAUAACUGUCAGUAACUGGUGGUUGGAGCUUCCCAUUUUCUCUGACAUAUCAAUGUCCGAUACGAAGGGCAGAUACAUAUAAACACACUCAUUCACUCACCGACACUUCAACCUUAACACGCGCUUCCAUAUUCACCAUUGUUUCAACUUUGUUUUCAUAUAUAUCACCCCAUUUAAAGCCCAUGUUUAUUCCCUCAACAACACAAAAACAUUAUCUAUUCUGAUGGCACCAAGGAUCAAUGAUGCCACACCCAACAGAUCACCCAUGAACAGAGGUUCAUGGACCCCAGAGGAAGACAGAAAGCUUGCCCAAUGCAUUCAAUUUCAUGGUGCAAAGAGGUGGAAGACUAUUGCAGUUAAAUCAGGUUUGAAUAGAUGUGGGAAGAGUUGCAGGCUGAGAUGGCUAAACUAUCUGAGACCUAAUAUCAAGAGGGGAAACAUAUCAGACGAAGAAGAAGAUUUGAUUCUUAGGCUUCACAGACUCUUGGGAAACAGGUGGUCUUUGAUAGCUGGUAGGCUUCCAGGACGAACAGACAAUGAAAUUAAGAAUUAUUGGAAUUCUCAUUUGUGCAAAAAAGUGAAUCAGAGAGAGGAGAGACCAGAANAUACGAAGAAUCUACUUUCCAUUCUCGAAGGAAUAACUGUCAGUAACUGGUGGUUGGAGCUUCCCAUUUUCUCUGACAUAUCAAUGUCCGAUACGAAGGGCAGAUACAUAUAA